AUGAGACUUUGUGGUGAAGAAGUGACUGAGAAAGAGUUACUUGAUAAAACCUUCUCUACAUUCCAUUCAACGAAUGUGUUGCUGCAGCAGCAGUAUAGAGAGAGAGGAUUCGCCACAUAUACUGAUCUGAUCUCAUGCCUACUUCUGGCCGUGGCUAAUAAUGAACUCCUGAUGAAGAACAGUGAGAUGAGACCUCCAGGUUCAGCACCAUUACCAGAAGCUCACAAAGCUGAACAUGAAAAGAAAGAUCCCAAAGAAAGCAACCAUGUCUAUAAUGAGAGAAGAACACACGGUAAAAACCGUGGUGGGUACAAGGGACGUGGUGGCCGUGACAAUUAUGCUUAUGGCCGUGGAUAUGGAAACCACAAUAACCGUGGUCGUGGUUCCAACCAUGGCUGUGGAAGAGCCAAUUUUGGCCGCUGUCGAGGCGAGAGUCUUAAGAACAAGAACCCAGAAGCUCAUAUGGUUCAUGACAAUGGGUAUGAUGCUGAUGAUGAUUUCGACCAUGAAAAGGAUGAUCCAAUGGAUCACGAGACAUCAGAUUGUCUUAAAGACUAA